AUGCAUGAGUUAAUUUUAAAGAUUAGAAAUGCAGUUCGGCAUGUGCGUGCAUCACCAGGUCGUACUGAGAGGUUUAAAACUAGGAUUAAGGAAGCUAGAAUUCUGGAAAAAGGCACUGUCCAUUUAGAUGUUCCUACCAGGUGGAACUCUACCUUUUUAAUGCUUGAAAGUGCUUUGAAGUUUCAAAAGGCAUUUAAACGUUUGGGGGAGAGAGAUUCUGAAUAUGCUAUGAUGGCUGGUGGGAUUCCUAAGUCUGAGGAUUGGGAGAAUGCAAGACAUUUUGUCAAGUUUUUAAAAAUAUUUUAUGAGGUUACUAACAAAGUUUCUGGUUCAACGUUUGUGACAUCUUCUCAACACUUUAAUGACUUUUGUAAAAUAUUGUCUACACUUAAGCAUUGGAUGGGAAGCUUAGAUACGGUACUUUCAGGCAUGGCUAAGAAAAUGAAGUCCAAGUAUGACAAGUACUGGGAAAAUAUCAAAAACACAAACAUGAUGAUUUUCAUUGCAGUUGUUCUUGAUCCUAGGUAUAAGCUUCAAUUGAUUAAGUGGAGUUUUGAAAAGUUGUAUGAAAAAGAAGAUGCUGAAUUCUUAACUUCAAAGGUGAAGGAUACGCUUUUCAAGGUGUUUGAUAGCUAUAGGCUGUUUGGUGGUAACUAUCAAAGAUCUACUCGGCAAGAUCCUCCUGAAAUAAGCACACACGAGCUUGAGGCACAUAAAACUUCUUUUGCUAUGGAAUUUGAAAAGGAAAUGCAAUUCGAUGAGAGUGCUAACAAGAAUGAGGUGGAGUUAUAUCUUAUGGAGGCAUUAGAGAAGAGUAGCGUGCAGUUCGACAUUCUAAAUUGGUGGAAAGUGAAUUCCACUAAAUAUCCAAUUCUUGGGCAGAUUGCAAGAGACGUCUUAGCCAUGCCAGUUUCCACAGUUGUUUCAGAAUCGGCAUUUAGUACUGGAGGAAGGGUGUUGAAUAAUUAUAGGAGUUCUCUAACUUUGAUGACAGCUGAAGCGUUAAUUUGUACACAAAAUUGGCUCCGAAACUCUCCAAAACUUGUCCUUGAGGAACUCAUCGAGGAAUUGGAGAAGUUGAAAUUAGAAGUUGCACCCACUCCUGAUCCCAAUGAAGAAGAUUCUAGUGUUGAGUGUGAUUGA